UGUCUAAACUUUUCCUCGUCAGUGAGUGAGUGAGUGAGUGAGCGGAGGAGUGAGUGGAUGAAUGAGUUGAUGAAUGAGCGGAUGAAGCGCAGGAGACGCUGAGUUUUCACGGAUUAUGUUUUAAUUCACGGAUUAAUUUUUCUGGACGAACGAGAGGGAAAAAACCCGGAGAAAAGCCGGCGUUUGUGCGUGGAAAUGGAGUCCGUGAGUAAAUGGAACCCGCAACAAGUUGUGGACUGGCUGAGAGGAUUGGACGACAGCGUGCAGCAGUACGUCCCGUCCUUCCAGAGGCAGCAGGUGGACGGGGAGAAGCUGCUGAGGUUGUCCCACCAGGAGCUGCUGUCUCUGGGCGUGUCGAGGGUCGGACACCAGGAGCUGGUGCUGGAGGCCGUGGAUCUGCUCUGUGCUCUGAACUUUGGCGUGGAGUCGGACAACCUGAAGACUCUGCUGGGGAAGAUGAGGGCGGGGCAUCACAACCUGAGCGCCGCAGUCUCCCAGCGCAGGAAAAACCCCGCCUACCACAACAAGAACUCCCAUCAGCCCACAAACGACUUCCUGACCGCUGUUGUCGAGCUCAUCGCCGCCGCCAAGAGUCUGCUCACCUGGCUCGACAGAACUCUGACGAGCAGCAGCGACUUCACGUCGACCAAGAGCAGAAUCAUCCAGCUGUGUUUGGAGCUGACGUCCACCGUCCAGAAGAACUGUACAGUUUAUGAGAUGGAGGAGAAGAUUCUGGAAGUGUCUCGAGCUCUGAACGCCGUCUGUGAGAAGACAGCACAGGUGACCUCUGACCCCUCAAAGAGUGACAUGACCUGUCUGGAGGAAGUUCACAUCACAAACAUCAGAGCCGGAGAAGGACUGGGAAUCUACAUCAAGUCCACGUACGACGGACUUCACGUGGUGACGGGAACCACAGAGAACUCUCCUGCAGAUAAAACCCAGAGGAUUCACGCAGGAGACGAGGUCGUGCAGGUCAACCAGCAGACGGUGGUCGGGUGGCAGCUGAAGCACCUGGUGGACAAGUUGAGGGCGGAGACAGGAAGCGUCGCCCUGGUGGUGAAGAAGAGGCCGCGCGGCGUGUCCGGCGGCUUUGCUCCCGCGCCUCUGAAGAACCUGCGCUGGAGGCCGCCGCUCGUUCAGACGUCUCAGCGAGCGUCGGGUCUCUACAGAUCUCAGCGGUUUGAAACGUCAGACGUUCCUGGGAAGAGAGCGGCCAUCUUAGAUCUGUACAUCCCUCCUCCGCCCGCUGCACCGUACGGACCAGUAGACGGAAACACAAACUUGUCUCAAGGCGUCAAACUCCGGCCCAGGUCUCCGAACUCGCACCUGGACUCGGACACGCGGCGGCGCCGCGGUGUCGACGCAGACGACAUCCGGACAUCUGUCGGCCCGCCCCCCGAACCCAACCAGCCAAUCCCCGUCCGAUUCCGACAACGAUCUUCCGCGCGAUGUAAACCUCGACCCGUCUCGAUGCCGGUGGAGUCUCUCUCGAACUCCAGCUCCUCCAGAGCCGGAGCUCAAGGACGGAAAGGUCCAGAGGUUCUCCACCGGUACCUGAGCAACGAGGGCAUCAGCGCCAUCGCGGAGGAGGAGCCGUGUUUCCCUCUGCCGUACCGGCGCCACCCGUCUGUCCGUGGUGUGGACCACAUCAGAGGCAGCCAGUGCUUCAUCAACACCGACCUGCACAACAGCGCCACCAUCCCCUACCAGGAGGCGUCGGCCAAGAAGUCUGCCGCCGCCACCGCCACAGCGUCUGCUGCUGUUCCUUCUCCUCCGGUCAAACAGUCCACGUCGGUGCUCGCGGGCUGGUUGGCUCGACUCCGCCUCCUCAGCCACUGACGUCAAACAAGGAGAAAAUGUAGUUUUUAAAGGUUUCCUUCAGGGACGAGUCGGCUGAUUCCUGAUCGAGCGACCAACGAGACCAUGAUCUCACAUAAUGUCCUUUAUUUUCACCUGACCUGGUUCAUAGAAGUGAACUCCAGGUCAUUGUGGGCGUGGCUUAAGGCAGUGUCUCUUAAAACAACAUCAGUUGUGGACGUGUUCACAUGAAUCGCAGCUAAAAAAAUUUGGAAAAUUAGCAAAUUUGUUUGGGGGAACCAAAGAAAAGUCUCCUGUGACCCCAUCUGUGGAUCCUGACCCAGUGUUUGGGAACCACUGGUCUAACGUCAAACACUGCUUUUGAGUAUUUGAAAUUGACUGAUUCAUGUUUACGAGCCGUGACGUCGGUCAGGAGAUUCGUGACGAACACUCGUGGUCUCAUUGUUUUUGUUUUUUAAAAUCCUCAGAAAUGAUUGGAUUAUUUGUCAAAUGUCACGUCUGCAGUCGCUCGAUUUGAAAUAUUUGAACAUCUUUGUGUGAAACCACUAAACGUCGAGUUUACGUAAAUAAUCCACAACUCUGUGAGUAAUGCAAGUAUCUACAAUUCCAAUUUGUCUAAUUUUACAACCAAAUAUCUGUGAAAUUAACGAAAUUAUCAAAAUACUGCGGAAAAAAGUAUAAGUAAGUAUAAAUCGCUAAUUGGAUAAAGUGACUUUUCACUGAUUUCGUGACAAAACUGAGAAGAAUUGGAUUUGUUUCGUGUCGUUGACUCUUUGUCAGAUUGGAACGUCCUCGGCUCCGAACUCCGAAGUUUGACGUCACCGCCUGCUGCAAUCUGCGUCAUUUACCGUUUAACCAGAUUAAACGGUAACGGUAUUUUCUCUCCACUGAAACGUCAACGUCCUCUAAAACGUUAUUUGUUAAAGUUGAACGCGCUGCGCUUUCGUACAGAAGCAAACAAAUAUGACGUUAAACAGUAAAAUGCCGUAAAGAGAAUGAAACUUUAUCGUCUUUAAUUUGUUUACAUGUUGUUUAUCUUAAGCGGUUGUUAUGUCAUCUCUUUUUUUCCCUUCAUCUCAGGAGAAUUAACGACUUUUAUCCCUAAAAACCAAAAAGAAUUGUAAAAAUGUAUUUAAAUGCAGCGUCGGUGAAAUAUCGGAUAAAGAUGUCUGCGAAAACGUCCUUUUAGGGUUUGCAUUCUACGAUUAUUUCAGAAAUGCCUUUACAAAGUGCUUUUAUUGUGAAACUGAACAUAUCAAAGAACGUUAGUUAGACGUUUACCAAUGUAGCAUACAUAUAUAUAUAUAUAUAUAUUUUUUUUAAUGAAAAUUUAAAAAUGUUAUUUUAUAUUAUAACUUUAUUGUGUUUUUUGUUUUCCAAUAAAUAUUGUAAAAAAAAACACCAAAAAACAUCCAAAUAACGUUGUGAAACCGAAGUAAUCAAACUCACAGCAGUUGAAUGUUGACACCACAGAGAAAAGUUUCAUUAAAAUUUUGAUUACGUGUCUGCAGAAAGUGUCGGGUAAAAACCAGCUGAUGUAAAAAUGUCUGCUGUACAUUUAUACGUUAAGAAAACGUUGAAUUCCCAUGUUUUUUGGUUGGAGUUCCUCAGGGAAGCGUCAUGGAUCCCCUGAAGUUUACGAUCUGAGAAACUCUCAUCUUAUAAGUAUUUCUCGUCUGUUUCUUUGUACUAACAAAAAAUAAUUAUGUGUCAGCUACUGUGUGAAACAGACUUUUAUUUUUGAAAGACUAACUUUUCUGGGUUUUUGUGCCUAACAUUUCUAUUUAGAGACUUUUUAAAUAAUAAGUGUAAUAGAGUAAUAUUUUAUAAAAAAUAUAAAUAAAUAAAUACUGUACAUUUUACAAAAGGUUUAUUAAUCAGUGUUGGAAAAUCAAAGGUUCCAAUAAAAACAUUGCAAUACUGUUACCAAUAAAACGUGUUUAAAUCAUCUUAAUGCAGGACUUUUGAGCAGCUUGUGAUGUUAAAAGUGUUUUUCCUCUCGUUUAAUUUGAGAUUAUAAAAUAUUCUGAAUAAUUUUCCUGAAAAAACACUUUUCCUGAUUGUUUUCUACUUCAUUAGCGUCUUCUGCCAUCAAACCCUCAUCAUCAUCAUUAUCUGCAGAGAGGAUCAUGGGAACUGUGUUGAGCUAAAGUUACAUAAUCCUGUAUUUGACGUUGUUUAAUUCAGGUUCAGUUUGUUUUUUUGUCGUUAAAAUCUUUAUUUUCUCCACAUUUCCAGCUUGUUGUUUCUGUGACACAAAUGAAAAUAAAGUUCAGUUUAAAAACAAU